CUCACUGAAUCAAGUCGCACUUUUUCCACAAACGUGGGGAAAAUCCGAGUCUGAACGGAGGCCCUGAAGGCACCGUUAGGCCCUGUGACGUCAGCCGCUCCCCUGCGCUCCUCCAGCAGCAGCAGCAGCCAGUCACAGAAGUGAUGCUCUGAACGUAACGACUGCAGCAGCAGCAGCAUCUUCACCAGCGACACAGCGAGCAGCAAAGACCGUCUCUCUGCGUGUUCGUGCGUGUUCACCCACAGCGCGUGAUUCCUGCAGCAGCGUGUCUUCAUGAACCCACCCAGGACCGGAUAACUAACACAUUACAAACCUGACAUUUACGCAUAGGAUUUUUUUUCUCCCCCCCUCAGGCUUUUGUUGUUGCUUCACCGAGCUUUUCCUUCUCUUCUGCUGUUUCCACCUCUUUGUCUUUCGCUUUGUGAUUUUUUUUUGUUUUUGUUUGAAUUGUUUUGUUCCGCGUCGCUGCUGUUGCAGAGGAGCGCCACCAUCCUUCAGCGCCUGACAUGAGUACGCUCUUUUAUUUGGUUGCAGCGGAAUGACACACAUAUCCUAAGCCGCAUAUCCUGCAAGGUUGAUGGAAGAUUGACGCUCUAUUUGCACAUUUUUUUUAGUAGCCUAGAAGAUUCUGCAUCUGCACAGGUUUCUGAUUUCUUCUUUUUUAUUUUUUAUUCUACACUUUGAGCCGAUCAUCCGCCGCUUUCUGACCCUGCGCAGCAUCUCUCUGUACGCACGGCGCACCACAGAGAAACGCGCAGAUAAGCCCUCCGUCAAGAAACAGGCGUACUUUCCGAUUCCUAAACCCACUUUCGCUUCCUCCGAGGACUCGUCUAGCACGGCUACGCUGCGUAAAGAUAACGGAAGAAAGGAGGAUUUAAGCGCAAACGCAGCCCAAGCAUCCAAGAGCAGGCUCGAAAAUGAUGGCCGGCGGAGCAGUACAGCAAAACGGGAUUUUCUCAAAUCCUCACCAUCACAAUCAGCAACCACACAUGGAGUCCGAUCCCCCGGACUCGCGUAAAAGACCACUGGAGACUCCCACGGAGGCCAGCAGCACAAAACGCACAAACACGGGAGUGGCUUUCCUGCAGCCCCUAUUUGAAACUGAAGGCAUUGUAUUCCCUCACCAAGAAUCUGAGACUCAUGAGGAAGGCGAGUACUUCCUGAAGGUUUUGAUUCCCAGCUAUGCGGCGGGUUCAAUCAUCGGGAAAGGAGGUCAGACCAUCGUCCAGCUGCAGAAAGAGACUGGAGCCACCAUCAAACUGUCCAAAUCCAAAGACUUCUACCCUGGGACGACAGAGCGAGUGUGUCUGAUCCAGGGGACGGUGGAGGCGCUGAACGGCGUCCACGACUUCAUCGCUGAGAAAGUGAGGGAGAUGCCUCAGAGCACCCAGAAGACAGAGCCGGUCAGCAUCCUGCAGCCUCAGACCACCGUCAACCCAGACCGCGUCAAACAGGCCAAGCUCAUCGUACCCAAUAGCACGGCGGGGCUGAUCAUCGGAAAAGGUGGAGCUACAGUUAAGGCGGUGAUGGAGCAGUCUGGCGCAUGGGUGCAGCUAUCCCAAAAGCCAGAGGGCAUAAACCUGCAGGAACGUGUGGUCACCAUCAGCGGAGAACCCGAGCAGAACCGCAAAGCUGUCGAGAUCAUCGUCCAGAAGAUCCAGGAAGACCCACAGAGCUCCUCCUGCCUCAAUAUUUCCUACUCCAACAUCACAGGGCCAGUCGCCAACUCCAACCCCACCGGUUCCCCGUACGCCAACUCCACCGAGGUCAUGCCCUCUGCAGCAGCUGCUGCGGCAGCCACCGCCUCCUCUCUGCUCGGCCAAGCUGGCCUGACAGGAAUGGGGGCCUUCCCAACCACCAUGUCCAGCCUCUCAGGUAAUGACCUGCUGACCAUCACCUCCGCCCUCAACACUCUGGCCAGCUACGGCUACAACACCAACUCCCUGGGUCUUGGGCUGAACCCCGCCGCAGCCUCAGGCGUGUUAGCCGCUGUAGCGGCUAACGCUAAUCCAGCAGCUGCCGCUGCAGCAAAUUUGUUAGCAUCCUACGCCAGCGAUGCAUCCACUAGCGCCGCUCACUCAGCAGCCAGUCUUGGAGGCUUCUCCCUGGGAUCCUUGGCUGCCGCCACAGGCGCCACCAAUGGCUACUUAAGCGCUGCGUCACCUCUAGUGGCGUCAUCUCUACUGGCCACAGAGAAGCUAGCAGAAGGAGCGAAGGAAGUGGUCGAGAUUGCUGUGCCAGAAAACCUGGUGGGAGCCAUCUUGGGGAAAGGAGGGAAGACGCUAGUGGAGUACCAGGAGCUGACUGGUGCCAGGAUUCAGAUCUCCAAGAAGGGCGAGUUCAUCCCUGGAACUCGGAACAGGAAGGUCACCAUCACGGGUUCCCAGGCCGCCACACAGGCUGCACAGUACCUGAUCAGCCAGCGGAUCACCUACGAGCAGGGGGUACGUGCCACCAACCCACAGAAGGUGGGCUAAACCUGACAGCCAAUGAGAAACGAGGAGGAAAAGAGGAAAAAAAAAGAGUGGGGGCUUGGGGGAGGAGUAUAAACAAAGAGAGAGUGAGUACGGAAAAAGGAGAGGAGAGCAAGAAUGUCGAAAGGAAACGUCCACGCUAUUUUCUUCUGCGUGUUUUCAGUAUUCUUUAUUAAAAAAGUUUUUGACGCGAAGCAAAAAUGUGCUGAGAAGACGAGGAGGGAGAGGAGUGAGUUAUCACGCUGAAAAACCAAGAAAAAAAAAUGUGUAAAAUGUAAAUAAGUUUUAUUACUUAACGUCUUGACCUUUUGCGGGAAUUUUUUUGUUUUGUUUUGUUUUAUGGUUGGUUUUGUUUGUUUUGUUCCGUUUAGUCAGUUAAGCUGUCUGUUUGUUUGCUUGUGUAUUUUGUGGACAAAGCUGAAUGCCAUGUAGACAGGCCACCUGCCUGAGAGGCUGCAGGAAGUGGGGGGAGGGAGGGAAGGGCAGGGGCACACAGAGGGGGAGGGGGGGUUGUCAUUUACGGGGUACAAUCCUCUCCCCCCUUAAUCCAAACACUGUUAUGGAAGAAACCCUUACCCUUCCCUCCCACUGCAGCCCACACGCAUCACCCUCCUGUAGGGUUUUUGUUUUUCUUCCAGUUUUGACUUGCCCCUAAGCCCCUCCCCCCACCUCCACAACCCCCGCCCCCCCCCCCCCCCCUCCAAAAGCCCUUGUCACUACUUGCCCCCCAUGCCCUGCCCUUUUACAGGGGUUUUAUAAUGAGUAAGACUGCAAACUUCAGCUGGUGUGUGAGGGAAGAAACAUCCUCUACCCACCCCAACAUUGUUUAUUCUCUCCCCCACUUUUUGUCUCACCUCCGUCCUCCUCCUCCCCUCUUUUAGUGGGACAUGACAGGAGGGAGAGGUGGAACUGGGGGAGGGCUUGCAUCAGCUGGGCGUUUCUUCAUUUACACACAACUCUUGUAUAGCCUGUGAUGUAUCCCACAAGCAGUGCAGCGCCAUGGGGGCGGGGGUUACCGCACUUAGUACCUCCCCCCCUCACAUUUGCGGCUCUAGUGUUUGAGAUCAAAUGCCGAGGUACGCGCCGGUGACCUUGUGUCGGACAAAACCUCGAAAAACGACAAGAGCGAUUCUGUGCGAGCUGCGGCAAACACACAGGAUGUAUGGCUUUUAUUUGCAGUCUCUUAAUUAUUAUCAUUAUUAUUAUUAUUAUUAUGAUAGUAGGAAUCACCACCAUCGUCAUUAUUUAUUAAUGAGUUCACACGUAUAAAGCUCAGCUGUUUUCUUCUUUUCUUUUUAAAUAUGUGAAUUCAGGUUGACAUGAAUGUAAAUGAGACUAUUUUUUGAUUUGUUUUUAAUUUAAAAACGGAUUUAAAGAUGAAUGGUAAUGUCACAUAGUGUAAUAUAUGUCUUAUUUAAGUCCAGUAAGAAAGCCGCCCCAGGCAUUAACAUCAUUACAGUGAAGGAUCACUUUAUAUAUCCAGUAACAGAGCAGAACAGGGAACACACACACACACACUGAAAACACUAUGAUGCCAUAUGUGGUGCUAGAAAAGGGAAUUCACCAUAUCGACUACAAUGCAGACUGCAGUGAGACCUCCAGAUGAACAAGAAAUAUCUGUAAACUACUUACACCACAGGCUGCAGUGCAGCAAUUUAGCAGCUAUAUUAACCUUAAAUGCCUCAUGCUUGGCUCUCUCUCCAUCACAUAAUAUCCCCACUGUGUUUUACCUGUAGUCAAAUUCCAGUUACAGUUUUCCUAAUGAAGUAAAAGUGUAACUGAAAUGAGUAACCAAGUGGACCUGAGACUGAAUCUCAGAUGAAUUUGCUGCUGCUUAAGCCUGUGGUCUUCCUAAACCCCCUUUUAAACAAACCCCCGAACCACAGACCAGAUCAAGCGAGAGCACUUAAGUCUCACGAUGUACUACUGAGGGAUGCAAAACACGGAGUAAGAGAAAACACUGAAACAUGACAAAGGGAGCGGCGUUUGCCUGGGGUCCGCCGCCGAAUCUGUGAGCCUCGCUUGUAGAUUUGCUAUUCAAAGGCAGCACGUUGUUUUCCGAUAAGAGAUAAAUAACCUCCCUGAUCUUUGCCCUUAUCAAGCAACUGAUCGACUGCUGAUGAGGUAAAGGGCAGAGAGAGAGAUUUUCAACAUGCAGUCCAGCAAGUUGAGCUUGUUUCUGCCUCUGGCAAACUGCAGGUCUCCCAUGGCAACAGGUUUUCUGGCCACUGUAGUCCCAGGAGGCUGCUGAAGAUGCUGUUGUUUCUUUUGUUGGUGAUUUUGUUUGUGUUAUGUUUUUUUUUUUUUUUCGUCUGUUUGUUUUGGUUUUUUUACAAUCAGAGUACACUGAAUUUUUGUCUUAAUGCACUGUGAAGCGAGGGAGUGGUCCUCCCGGGCCUAUGAGGUCAGGGAUUUGUGCUGUAGAUGGCAUCAUGAUCGGAUGGUUUUUGUAUGGCAGGGAUUAAAAAAAAAAUACAAAAAAAAAAAAGUACACAUAUAUGAAAUAUAUGUAGAAUGCAUAUGAAGAACUUCAUCAGAAAUGCACGUCAUAUCUGAAGAUUGAAGGAGGAGGAAGAGACUAGGUCAAUGACGAGGAUCAAUUCAUUGAGGUCAAGAGUUGCGAUCAACUAGAUUUUACUCACCUGUUGUGUUUUGUAAUCAGAGGGCGGGAUGUGGGGGGAGGUGUCCACCACCACAGUAAAUAGACUGGAACACAUUUCUAAAUUCACUUUUCUAUCACAGCUGUGUCUUCUUCAUGAAUUCUAAAGUAUUGCCCAUCCGAUGGGCAAAUCCCUGGACACGUAAUAUUUAAAAAAAAGUCCAUCAGGAGUUGAAAGUGUGACGGAAUGUAAAAUGCCAAAAGGAAAAAAAUUAAGGAGGUGGGGGUGUAUUCGAUUUAACCAUCCAAUCGGCCUGGUGACGGGAGGGGACUCCUGUAAGAUUAGAGAAGAAAAACAAACAAAGCUUUUUGAUUCUUUCGAAACCAAUCCGACUCAAAACAAUCCUCCACUGUGCUAUCUAAUGUGUCUCUCUGUUGGAGCGCCAGUGAGGGUUUCUCUCCAUCGCUUGGUAAGGAGGCUUCUUUACUCCCAUCUAACACCAUCCACACUCUCCUCACCCCCCUCCUCACACCCGUCCUCAGUCCUCCAGUGCACUCCCAUCCUGACACACCCCCCCCCCCCCCUCCUACCACAUCGCUCCAUGGGUGACUAUGUCUGGUGUGUUUUUUAACGAUCAAUGCAUGUCUGCUGCUUGCCCUGGCAAACACCUCGGAUGGAGUCUCUCUCGUCUUUGCCUCCUCGGGGCGACUGAGGCCGUCAGAAAAGACGAGCACACCUGCAGAGGAAGUGUUAGUUGUUGAGGCCGACGGAGCACAGUGCACAAACACUCUUACAUCCAGUAUGUGUAGUUUGGAUCAGAAUGUUUUUUUCUUCAUGACACUGAGAAGUUGUCCAUUUAGAACUCGCUGCACAAACACAACAAACACACAAACACACUCGCUUAUCUUUAGGGAAGAUUGUGUCAUUGAUGGGGUUUGACUUGAUUUGAGUUGAAGGCAGCGAGUUUUUGAUCCACUGUAGACCUGUACUGUGCUGCACUGAAGCAUGUGGUUUUAUUUUUCACGUGCAGGGUCAGUCAGGUAGAUCACUGCUUGAUUUGUUAUGUUUGUAAUGGCAUAGGAAUGAAUGCUGAUUGCAGCUUUGGAUUGAACGCGUUUGGGCUUUAAACAGUUUGUCAGACAGUUUGGAGACUUGAAUUUGCCAGCAAUGUCAGGGAUUUAAUAAUAAUAAUGGUUCUGUUAUCAAAGUUUUAAAAGUUUUAAUUUACAGUCUCUGACGAGUCGGUGGUGGGUGUAGAUUAUUUAGUCUGGAGUCAAAUCUGUGUUAUCCUGGGUGCAGCACAGUACAUUUACAAUGGCGGAAUCAAACCUGCACUGCAGUUCCUGAUUUAGGUGCCAUUUUUUUUUCUUUAAUUCACAGUCGACAGGUUAAUUUUUCAUCUCAUCAGUUAAAUCUUCAGUUUGUCUUUUACACGGCGGCCAAUCUCUUGAGUUCUCUGUAUUUUAGGUGACGGAGAUAAAAAUGUGACGAUUACUGGAAGCAAUACAUGUAGUGGCAUGUCGUCUUGUCCUGUCCUUUAUCCUCUGUCUGUUGUAGGAGCUUUUUGGAUUUACCUGUAGAUACUGAAUAGGUUUACACGAGUAAGAAUCUUCUUUUUUUUCAUUUGUGGAAUAUGCUGCUAUUUAAUAAUAACUGAUGUACUAAAAAUACCGAGUUAAAACAUAUCGAAAUCUGUCCUUUUAGCUGGAGAGGCUAUUCUCGAGUGGCCGUGUGAUACACGCUCUGUUAUAAGCUUGUCAUAAGUUAAUAAUAGUGUCAUUCUAACCUGACAUUAAACAUGUGCCAAAAUAGGUCUUUACAGAAUGAAACCUGUAAAUGUGUUGAUUUAAAUCAAGUUAGAUAAGAGGAGACAUACUUUUAUAUUAAGAAAAUGUGAAAAGUGCCAAAAGAACCAUAUUUAUAAUUCACAUAGGAGGGGAUUAGUCCCAGUGAGCGUUUUUAAGGACUGCAUAGACAAACACAGUAACACAGUGUGUGUAAGCCCUCUCUGUUCCUGCCACAAGAGGACGGAACAACCAUGUUAGCCAAGUGUUAGCCAGUUCUCUGGGAACUACCCUUCCCAGAAUGCAACAGCACUAUGACUCUGGGGCUAGACUAAUCAAUAUAGCGGUAGUUUAGCAUAAUUAUGCUAAGGAGAGAAAAAAUGUGACUAGAUAGCAUUCUUAACUACAGCCUUUUAUAGUUACAAUGAAAAUGUAUUUUGUGGAAAUAGAUGUUAUCUUUUUUGCACGUCUAUAUUGCAUGAUAUCAAAAGUGAAGCGUGGACAUUAAAAAAAAGUGGGGAAAAAAUUGAAGAAAAAAAAAGUGACAAAAAAAAGAAAAAACCAUUAGGCAGUGUGUGUCGUUCAUCUUCCGGAGACAAAUCCUUGCAUGCCGAUAGAGCAUUUUGAUAUUUGUUUUACAUGCGUUCAAAUGUUAGCUGUUUUUUCAACGAGCUUACAUUGAGUCCUGAUCCGCGGGCCACAGGUGAACAAAAUGUCCGAUUUACAUUGUGUCGUUGCGUUGUCUUUAAGCCGUCCUCCGAGGGGAAUGCGAACAAAAACUCCCCAACAAACCUAAGACUAUUUUGCUACUGGCUGAGCGAGCUUGUACUAAAACGUCCUCACUUGUGAACUAACUUUGGAAAGAAAAGAGAAACAAAAAAGAAGUCAGGAGAUUGUCCAUGAAUGUACUCACCUCUGCAAAGGUCUGCAUAUCACUCCUCUGACCAUUGACGUGCAGUAGAGGCUCAUGUGUGUUUCUGUGUGUUUUUCUACUCUAACAUUACUAACCCUCAACGCGCUGUCAGACUCAGUAUAACGCUGUUGUUUGUCCUUUUACCCGUCCCUGUCCCCGUCCCCGUCCCCCCACACUCUGAGCUCUGGCUUGUCUUGUCACUUAUAUGCACCUUACUGACCUCAGAUACAACAUGGAGCAUCUCCCAGUGUCUUUCACCGGGUUGGGAGAAAUUAGAUCACCCCCUCCCUCAUCGACAAAAGAAAACCCCCUUUUUUCUUUUUUAAACAACGCAGACACGCCAGCGUGUGUCUGCUGUCCCCGGUCUCCCUCGGGUGCCUCAAAUUUAGGACAGAUUGUGUUGUCACUCCGAGACUAUGAAGAGAAACAACACUAAACGUUGCCAGUGUGUUUCUGGAAAAUCUCUUCGUUUCCACUUCGAGAUGAAUUCGACUUUUUAUUGGUUUCGUUGUCAAAAACAACAACAAAAAAGGCCAAAGUCCACCCUCCUCUCUCCCCGCUCUCAUUACUCAUAAUUACACCAAAAGGAACCAGAUGAUUUCCAGUGUGGUGUAUGACAGAUGUUGUCAUGGUUAAUAAACCACAUCCUACAAAAAAAAAGAAUCAUUUUAAAUGUAAAAAGGAUAUUUUUUUCACGAGUUCUCUUGGAGACAUGUUUGCACUAAACCCUCUGCUGUUGCUGUGCAUGGCAGGCCGAGCUGAGGUGGGGGUCAGUGUGCGAGACUACUGUAGAUGUGGGUGUAUUUUCGAUGUGCAUGCUCCCCUCUCUCCCUCUCUCCCUCUCUCCCUCUCUCUGAGUUUGUCUGCUUCAGGGCCGGCUCCGUGCUCGUGGUGUCUGUGUUGCAGCGUUAGCAGGCUAGUCAUGUUUUUAUGCGUUUCUUUUUUGGUUUUGUUUUUUGAAAUUUUGUUUAUGGUUUGUAUUUUAAAUUCUGAUGCGUAGAGGAAUGCAGAUUUGAACCCCCACCUGCUCGCCAGGUGACCUCAUUGCUUCUCAGUGGGUGUGUGGCUCCUCGACAUUGUGCUCAGAUGUUGUCUUCUGCCUCACCCCCCACCACGGCCCCACCACCACCACCACCACCACAAACCACAAACCCACUUUCACCCACACCCACCACUGACCCUCCCACCUCUUCAAACACUCUCUAAGACAUAUUAUGGGACCCCCCCUUCUUCUCCACUUUUCCACCACACCCCCUCCCUCCCCUGACUCGGGCCCCAUCGAAGCACCAGCAACUGUAGACUGCAUUUGUCAUAUCACUGUUUUUCUGUUCCUUCUUCUCGUUCUCUGUUGUUGUUUUUUUUCCUGGUUUUUGAUUUGUACUGUAUGCUCUGUCUAACCUAGACCAGUUUUAACAAAAUGCCAUUUCUGUGUGUAGCCUGUUUACCCUCUCUCUCUCUCUCUCUCUCUCUCUCUCCCUCUCCCACACACACACACACACACACACACAAACACACUCUUCCAUGCCCUCUUUUUUGCACUUUCACUGCCCACUUCUCCUCCUCUCCCAAACAUACACACCUUCCUCCUCUGCCUCCCACAAGCCUCUUCUCUCUCUCUCGAGUGCCAAAAUAGAACAGAGAGGAAAAAAAAAAAAAAAAGACAACAACUACCAUUCCAAGCGUUUCUUUGAGUUGUUCUUGUGUGUCGGACAUCCAUCCUGGAAGCACCCAUGAAGCCAGCAUGCUCCGCCCUCAUAACAUGAUGUCGCUCAUGACGCCUCAACUGAACAGCACCUUGCCCCCCACCACCACCACCACCUCCUCCUCCUCCUCCUCCUCCUCCUCACCACCCCCCACAGAGCUAAACCCGACAAGGAUUAACCCCUCUGCAGGUUGGCUACCUACCUACUGUCCUGCUCUCAACCUAAAACAGCCCUACCGCUCAUGCCAGCUGCUUUCCUAAUUCUGUCAUCUCUUCAGCCUGUGGGACUUCAUUGAUUGUGUGCCAUAGUGUUGGGGGCACCUUUCACUCUUUUCACCCCCCCCCGACCCCCCCCCUUCCUCACCUUUUCUCUCUCUCUCUCUCUCAGUCUCUCUCUCUCGCGCUCUUGCUCCAUUUGAUUUUUCUCAAUGGGAAAGAUUCAAAAACUCCAUUUUCUAAUGAUGAUUUUUUCUUUUUCUUUUUUUUGUUAUCGUUAAACAUCCAAACCACGCACGCCGACACACGCGCCGCCCCCGUGCGGUGGUGUGGGGAGUGUUUACGCACCGUCAGCUGCGCAGCCAUCUUCUGUCUUCUUGAACUUUUUUGAACUUUCACCCCCCCCUCAUGAACUUUAUUGACCUUCUUCCUCCUCCUACCCCCCUUCUGUGUUCAUCCAACUGUUUGGACAAUAACUCUUCAUUCCAUCCCAAAACCUCUCUGAGACUGUGCAAUGCUAGCUGAUAUGAUUGGAUUUUUUUGUUUGUUUGUUUGUUGCUCAUCAUUGGGGACAAUUCUCUGAGAUAUAAGUUUAAAAAAAAAAAACUAAAUAAAUAACACAAAAAAAACACGAAAGGAAGAAAAAAAAAUCCAAAAAAAGAAAUGCAGACAAACAAAAAAAAGGAAAAAAAAACACUAAACAAACUGUUUCACCACAAUUUCAUUUCUUUUCUCUCUCAUUGUAAAUAUUUUUGUCAGAUUUUUGCUGAGCUGUAAAGAGAGAAGUGUUGAGCUGAACGGGGCCGGCAGCAUAAAGAGGAACAAGUGGACGCAGUAGACGAUCAUUACACUUUUCAUCUCUGUAUUCGAUAGUUAGGUCUGCCUGUAUAAUCGGCUAUGCUAGUUCUGCUGUGUUAAUCUGUGCUGUUGUUAUUAGUGUUGAUUUACCUACUGUAUUCGCUGUUUAGCUUCCAUGUUGGUUAGCAAGCUCUUUAGAUAACUGUACUAACCUUGAGACGUAGUCUGAGCCGUUCUCAACGGAGGCUUGUUUUUGUACAUUUGUUGAUGUUUUCUCAAAAACAGUGAGUCGUAGUGGCGCUAGUAUCUUUUAUCAUCAAGCCAUAGUUAUUGCAAAUGCUUGGUCGUGUUAUAGACAUAUCAUCGUGGAAGAAGAAAAAAAAACGGCUCGGCUCCAGGUUGGAGGAACGAAAAAAAACAAACCCCAGGGAGGUGGGCAGAGGAAAAUGGAAAUAAAAAAAUAAAAAAGGAACGUAAGCUCCUCCCGGGCGACAAAACGAGGAAGCUGAGCUGCUAACUUUUGUGCAAUACAGUCCUAGUUUACAUAAAAUAGAAGAAUAGUUUAGGGAUGAAGAAUCUCUGCAGGUGCCACUCAGCCAUUCUGCUGCCUGCAGAACCAAACGUGUGCAUAUCUCCAUAUAUCGCCUCGGACAUCAGAGACAAGUUGAAAGUAUUACAAGUGACGACGUGAGGUCAAAACGCCACCAUUUCAUCGCAUCGCUCCGAGCUCCACUCUUGAUUUAUGCUGCCUGCCCCAUUGCCCUGAAAACACCACAUGAGCUAUUUAUUUCUCAGACUAUUAUUAUUAUUAUACUAUUAAUAAAUAACAACGCAACAAGAAAAAGGGAACGACUGGAAAAAGGUGAAUUAAUAUUAUUAUUAUUGUUUUGUUUUUACUUUUUAUUUUUUAGUAUUUUAGUGGUUGCUUUUAACAACAUUCAUUAACUGACUUAAAGAGUAUUCAAUAUUUAAUGUAAUUGUAGCAUUGUGUUUGUAAAGAGAAAAAAAAUCCUAGUGAGUUGUGUUUCUUGACUUGUGGAUUACCAGUGAAGUGGGCAAUCUAGUGCUAAUAUAUAUGAGGUCUUUUUUUAAGGAUUCUUAUUUUGCGACAGCAACAGCAGUCAUUAUAAAUGUUCAUUUUAGCAUCA